AUGUACAAGUACACUCCAAAGAAAUGGCUCAAAAACAAAACGCGACAAAUGAAUAAGAGUUUAGUGCUAUUUCUGGGAAUUUCAUAUAGUUACAUAAAAUGGACACUUUGUUGCUUAAAUCUAUUCUACCCAGGAUAUAUUAUUGUUAUUAUCAUCACUACGCUUCGUUUGCACGGCUUCAUUAGACAUUUUAAAUAUUUUUUUAGACCUUGUUACUAUUUCAUUAUCAGUUAA